GGUAACUGGAUCCAAAUAAAAAAUGGCGGCCAAGGAGGACGAGAAUUCUGUGUCAUACAGCUUGGAUCAUUUUACCGAACUCAAAGAAGUAACAUCAUUGAUCGAAUCAAUAGGAACCAUAUGUCAUGAUAAUAUUUUACUCGAGGCUGCAGAGGAGCGGUUAAUUCUUAUAUUGAAUAAGUAUCAGGAACAGCCACAUUUAUUGGAUCCGCAUUUAGAAAGCCUUGUACAGAAAUUGCAACAUAUAGUCUGUGAUGCAUCAAACCCAGCUAAAGUGAUUCAGCAGGGAUUCAAAUAUUUAUAUUUAAUCACCAAGGUCAGGGGACCAAAAUUUGUGGUACGUCUGUUUUCUCAUGAAGUUACCGAUGUGGAACCAGUUCUUGGAAUGCUGUAUCAGCAAAAUCCUCAAGAUCAUGAGACCUGGGAGACGCGAUAUGUUCUUCUCCUGUGGUUGUCUAUUGUUUGUAUGAUACCCUUUGACAUGGCUCGCUUUGAUGGACGGAGAGAUGCCAAUAGUGGAACACAGGAGAGACGCAGGCCUGUGGUGGAGAGAAUUCUUGAAACUGCAAAGAUGUAUCUUUCAGUUCCAGACAAAUCAAGAGAUGCUGCUGCAUUAGUUAUCUCAAAGUUUGUUACAAGACCGGAUGUGAAGAAAGAAAAGCUGGCAGAAUUUCUGGACUGGUGUUUGAUGAGGAUGGAGCGAGCAAAUGGAGAGACAAUGGAUGGAAUGCUGCUGUUGACAGGGAUCUUGACAACAUUGGCUCUGCUUUUCAAGCAUGGAAAGAGAGAUGACUUAAUACCAUAUGGCCGUUCUGUGCCAGAUAUUUUGAGGAGAUUUAUUGUGUUGAUUUCAAAGCUACUAACCUUCAGGGAGCCUAUCGGAAACAUUCGAGAACUGGCGUCUCAAGCUUUACACAAUCUAACUCCUUCAGAUCCAGAAUACAUGGCUAAGACUGUUUUUCCAAAAGUGCUUUUACAAAUGAACAAUAUCGACCUGAACACGCGCCAUGGCUGCAUCCUGGGUUGCUCUGAAGUUAUACACGCUCUGUUUCUAUACGCUAAGGAAACCGGAAGAUUGCUGACAAACGUGGUUGACAAAGAUUGCUUUGAAAUCGUGAAAGACUUUGUACCUCAGCUCAACUCAGCAAAAAGCUUCAGAGGUCUAGGAGGGGACUACAUGCGACAGGCAGUUUGUCAUUUAAUAAUGAAACUGUCCUUAUCGGAAUUACCUUGGCAUGGAGAUCAGAUAAUUGGCGUAUUUCAAGACACUAUCGAUGACAACCUCUCCCACACAGAACCUGUUAUACAGGAAGGAGCUGUUCGAGCCCUCGGUGCUUUAUGCCAGCAGUAUUACGUCAAAGACGACGGUGGAGCUAUUGAUGGAAUACAAGAUAGAAUCAUCACACAUUACGUUGGGCAGUUAAAAAGCCCUUCAGAGUUCUCAAGAGUUGGGUUCGCUCAAGCUUUAGGAUUUUUGCCAAAAUUCAUGUUGUCAUCCAGGUUAAAAGUGGCAUUUACAGGUUUAAUCACAGCUUCACAGGUAGCGGAUGAUCCAGGAAAAUUUGCUGAAUCAAGAAGAGAGGCGCUUAAUUCUCUUGCAAGAAUCGCUUGCACCGUUGGAUUAAGUAGGACUGGAGACGAGGAAGAAAUUGUCACAGAAAGCAGUCUUCAUGAACUUUAUGAAGCUUUUUUCGUUGCUAUGAAUGACUACACGAUUGACAGCAGAGGAGACGUCGGAGCUUGGGUGCGUGAAGCCAGCAUGAGCGGGUUGGAAACCCUGACCCGAUAUGUUGCAGAAAACGAUCCUUCUCUUUUUACACCAGAGAUCUGUGAGCGGGUGAUGUGCUGUCUUGCGCAGCAGUCUUCUGAGAAAAUAGAUCGCACGAGAGCUCAUGCCGGAGAGAUUUUCCUUAGACUUCUGUAUAUGGACAGUCCUACGUUGCCGCAUAUACCGCACCACAAAGAACUUCUCGACAUUUUUCCGAAGGAUAAGUGCUUGGAAAUGAAUUGGAGCGCCUCUGCUGAAUGUUUUCCACGAAUAACGAAGCUCCUCGGUUUGGCGUCGUACAGAAGGUCUGUUCUUCUCGGCUUGACUGUCAGUGUUGGAGGACUAACCGAAUCAUUGUAGUUCCCUUAUUCAAGAUGCUUGAUAUGCUGUUUGCCAAUGGCUGCUUCGAGCUGUUCACCCAGGAUGAAAGCCAUCCAUUCUCUGCAGCUGUUUUGGACCUCACCAAAAAGGAAAUCUUCAAGAUUGGCGACGCUAGAAAGCUAAUCACGAGUGUCAGCGUGUUUUGCGGCCUAUUACAGUUUCCAGGGGUGACAAGAAUGAAAGCUUUCCAACAGCUUUCCAUAUUUCUUUGUCACAGAUACCCUCAGGUUCGUAAAACUACCGCUGACCACCUGUACUCAGCAGUGUUGACCUAUGAUGACAUCAUACCGGCGGAAAAUUUAGAUGAAGUGUUAACGAUACUGACAGAAACUUCAUGGGAUGCGAAGAUUGAAGAACUUCGUGUCAUAAGAAAUAGACUUUGCGACAUUAUGGGCAUCCCUCAUCCGGUUUUAAAGUCUUCUACGGCGCCAACCGCCGUCAAGAAAAAGAAAGACGAAUUAGACAGCUACAAAGGUAAGAACGUUAUUUUCGUUUUCAUAAUUUUUCCAGUUCUCUCACUUAGUCAGUCGUGGGUAUUAGAACUUCAUAAGGUAGCUGCAUGUCAGUGGAAACGAUGUACAGUCCACCGGUUCAUCUGCUGUGAGGAGGCCGAUUUUCAUCGGUAA